GAGGAAAUUUGUACAGUAUAUGUUUGUGUGGAAACGGACGCAGACAAACGCUUCUGGCUAUUGUGUUUUCCAGUUCUAUUGUGUUCUGUUCAGUGUUCAUAUUAUUGUUCUUUUUUUUGAACAGUCGGUUGAUCCCUAUAUGAUAUUAUAUAGGGAGAUAUUUUAAUUUAAAUAUCUUUUUCGGGGGGAAAAUCGAGAAAGAGAGAGAGAAAAAAAACAAACAAACAAACAUCAAGAAUCUAUACCUUACAUUCAGCGAAAUUCUCAAACUUGGAAGAUACUUGAAAAAAAAGUAAGAAAAGAAAAGAAAAAGAAAAGAAAAGAAAAGAAAAGAAAAAAAAACGAAAGACCCUUAAGCAUAAACUUGAAGAAACCUACGGACUUUCGUAGGACUGAGGAGAUGAAAGUCUUAUCCUAUGCAUCUUGAAGAGAGUCUCACUCACGAUUCCGAAGCAACGAAGAUGGCAAAACUUUAUAGCCUACCAAAAAUCGUUGGUGUCUGUCUUUUCGUGGUCUCCGCCAUGAUAUCAUUCAUAGGCUUGGUUAUGAUCAAGAAAAAUGGUCCUUCCGAAACGCUGGUCAUCGUCACAAUUAUGGCAGGCUCUGUUGCCUUAACCGUGUGCCCAGUCAUCACCGUGAUCUAUCUGGCAUAUGCCCCCUCCCCCCCCACAAGUAUGCCUGUUCCUUCUACACACGACGACCUUCCCCCUACGUAUCGCCUUACCUGGGGACGAGAAUACCAGAAACACAUACCAUCAGAGCAAGAUAGAGAAGCUGGAACGCCGUCCUCCGAAGAACACAUUGCAGAACCGAAGGAUAUUUGGACGACUACGACUGAUCAGCUUUCUGGAGUGAACAGGAUACAAUCUCCAUUGCAGGGUCCUGGAGUGCACACGUUUACGAGAGGAGGAGAAGGAGCCGCUCCAAGCACGCACUGCAGGUGUCAUCGUAGGUCGCGUAUGUAUUCAUAUUGCAACGAGGAAGCUGUCUGGAAAUGUGGAGUGGUUCCUCGUACACUUGACGACCUUAGAGACGACCAGGGUCUUCCUAGUUACGAAGAAGCUAUUGAAGGAAUUUGAAUUGUACUGUGGUAAUUCCUGGUCGAUAGUGAAUGCCAAACUUUAUGCAUUAUAAACAGUGCGGUGUAUACAGUAUUAUGUAAAUUACCAAGAAACUGUCGCAGGAAUUUGAAUUGUCUGUGGUAAUUCCUUUUCGAUAAACCGGAUUCAUGUUGAUAAAUAUAAAACAAGGUAUGAAUGAGAAUGAAUAUCUUCACAAUACAAGAGAUCUAUUCAACCGGUUUCAACUUUAUCUUCGCCAGAAAUACAUGUAUUUCUGACGAAGAUGUAAUCGAAACCAGGUUAAAUACUUUGCAUUAUGAAGAUUUUCGUUCUCAUUCAUACCUUUCCUUUUGUAUUACGAUCAAUGCGGUGUAUAAAGUAUUCUUAACAUACAGUGAGGAAUUAUUACAUGUAUUAUACUCUUGGCGUAAAGUUAUCGCAUUAUUCAGUACUAUACUAACUCCUUAUCAAUGACGUAAUGGUACCAGUUGUGUAUGUAUUCUAGUAGCGAUAAUCUUUGUGUAUAUAUAUUUUUUCGCCAUUUUAUCUAAUUGUGCUUUGAGAUAAAGUUUCAUCAUAAACUCGCACAGUAAUUUUCCGCGUAUAAUCCUAUUUCCGUGAUUACACAUACUGGGAAGUCAAAUGCAGUGAUAACGUUAUCUCAAGUGAUAACAUUCAAAUAAUAACCUACUCUCUCAAUGCAGACAGAUAAUUGCGUGUUUUUCAAUAAUUUUCUUAGGUUGUUAUUGUUAUAGGUGUUUCUCAUUUUUUCUUUUUUUUUUUAUUUUCUUAGGUUGUUAUUGUUAUAGAAAAUGGGUGCUGAAAUAUAUACUGGUAUAGGCCUAAGAUAUCACGAUAUUGUGUAAUAUUUAUAAUUUUUUUGUUAUUAAAGAAGAAAAGAUAAUAGAUGCCAAUUGUAUGAUAGUAUAUUUGUGUAAGUAAUAAUAAUGUAUGUCAUUUUUGUUUAUUAAAUUUAUAACUAUUUUGUUAUUGAAAGAGAAAUCAUAAUAUAUAGUAUUAAUGUGUAAGAAGUGACAACGUAUGCCAUUUAAAAAAAAAUAUUUAUCGCUGUAGUGCGUGAUACAGAAGUUUUUGUGUUUAUGUAUGUCGAAUCACAUUAAAUUGUUUUAAAACAUU